AUAAAACUGCUGAACAAGCUGGCUAGUUCCUGUGGCUCUGCACACUGACCCAUCGUAGGCCUUGUCCCCCACAGAAUGGGCCUGCUCCUACCCCUGGCACUCUUCACUCUGGCCCUGUGCUAUGGGACCGUGUCUCCAUACCAGGUGGCCCUACCCCCUAUGAACUGCAAUGACUCAAAUGUGCUGGCAGUGGCAGGCUUUGCCUUGCAGGACAUCAACAGAGACCGAAAGGAUGGCUAUGUGCUGAGCCUCAACCGAGUGAACAAUGCCGAGGAGCACGAACAGGAAGGCCCGGGUUCUAUGUUCUAUCUCACACUGGAUGUGUUGGAGACUGACUGCCAUGUGCUCAGCAAGAAGGCGUGGAAGGACUGUCAAGUGAGGAAAUUGCACGAAUCGGUUUAUGGUCAAUGCAAGGUGAUGUUUUAUCAAGACAAGCCACACAGAUUCCUCUAUUUACCUGCUUAUAGCUGUAUUCUUCGCCCAGUUUCUCUCAGAAAGAUUCUUCGUAUGUGCCCUGACUGCCCAAUCCCCAGUCCCACUGACUCUUCAGAUCCCCGUGUUUUGGAAGCUGUUACUGAGACUCUUGCAAAAUACAACAACAAAAGCACCUCUAAGCAGUAUUCUCUGGUCAAAGUCACCAGGGCUUAUAGCCAGUGGGUGUUUGGCCCUUCUUACUUUGUGGAAUACUUAGUCAAGGAGUCACCGUGUAUCAAAUCCCAGGCUGACAACUGCUCACUUCCAUCCUCCAACUCUGAGCCUGUUGGCCUUUGUAAAGGUUCUCUGACACGAGUAGACACAGAAAAGUUGGUCACUGUGACCUGUGACCUCUUUGAAACACAGGCUCCAGCCCCUGAAGGUGAAAACUCUGCUGUUAACGAGGAACCUGCAAACCUCCCCAAGGUCCAAGGACCCCAGCAGAAAAACACAUCUCUCACUGACUCUCUCUCCAAAGCUGGGACAAGAGGAUCUGUUCAAUACCUUCCCGAACUGGAUGAUGAAAAGCCCAAUAAUUCCCCUGCCUUCCCUGUGCAGCUGGAUAUAACCCCGGACCUCCGUGAUAAAAGCACAGAUAUCUCCUACCUCGUACUGGGGCCUAGGAAGGACCAUGUCGUUGUCCUGUCUUUCCCCAAACAAAGAAAUCAUUUUGCCCAGUGCCCAGGACCUGCACAGGAGGACAGCCCCUUCCUCCUUCCACCAUGAGAGUCACACAGAGGAUUCCAUGGGAGUGUAGUGCCCUGCACAGCGGAGAGGUGGUAGGGGAGAGAUGGGGAGUGGCUAAUGAAGGAUGUCUUUCUCCCUUUUCUGGAUCUCAGCACGUUGGCUGGGAAUGGAAAUAAAGAGCCUUAAUCCACCA